AUGAACGGUCAUGAUUUAAAUCAACAUAUCGAUCUAGACAAACAAUUGAAUAUUAAUAAUGAUUUAACAUCACAUGAUGGAAUUGAUCAACGAAGUGUUCUUUGGCCAAAAAUUUGUUUUAAAACAUUAUUAAAAAGAAAUAACAAUCCAUAUCAAUAUAAACAACAUGGAUAUUACAAAUUUAUCUUCAAACGAAAUCUACGAAAAUGUUAUCCAUUUGAUACGGUAUAA